UAUCUAUGAACUUCAGGUCCAAAUAAGGAGCUGUCUGCGUGAACCACCGUCCUGUAGGACAAUGACCAGCUUAAACGUUUUAUAAAAGCCUUCGCCACAGUUUGGAUUCAUUCAGACUUUCCAAGCGACUCUGGUGUCCAUUUGUGAGGUAUAACAUGGCAGAGCACGGUCCUGUACUUUAUGUUCAUCCUUCAAGCUGCUUGGUUGAUGAAAAAACGGAGGUUGAAGUUAAGCACUUACCUGCCGAUUAUAAGAUCACUCUUCACGCACUGAUUCGCUCUGAAGAUGGAGACGAUUGGGAGUCGUUCGGCCGCUACACCAGCGACUCCUCAGGGACUGUUAAAGUUUCCAGAGAUAAAAGUCUUGGCGGGACAUGUGAGGGAGUUGAAGGCAUGGGUCUGCUGUGGAGUAUGAGACCUGUUCCUGAAAGUAAACCAGGUCGCCGGUAA